CCCUGUCACCUGCCCCUGUCACCCCCCCCUGCCCCUGUCACCUCCCCCUGUCCCCCCCCAGCCUGCAACGUCACCAUCCACAACCGCUGCAAGGACACGCUGCCCAACUGCACCAAGGUGAAGCAGAAGCAGCAGAAGGCGGCGCUGCUGAAGAACAGCUCGGCCCUGCAGUCGGUGUCGCUGCGGAACAAGAAUGCCGUCCGGGAACGCCCCAAUUCCGCCAUCUACCCCUCGGAGAGCCUCCGGCAGACGCUGCUGGGCCCCCGCCGGGGCCGCCCCUCCCUGUCCCUGUCCAAGAGCGUCUCCACCACCAACAUCUCGGGGACGUUCAACGACGAGUCCCCGCUGGGCAUCCGCCGCAUCCUGUCCCAGUCCACGGAUUCCCUCAACGUGCGCAACCGGACGCUCUCGGUGGAGUCGCUCAUCGACGAAGGUCCUGACGUGCUCCUGAACCAGCUGCUGAGCGACCUGGAGGCCGACGGGCGGGAGUUCGAGGCGGACUCGUGGAGCCUGGCGGUGGACAACAGCUUCCUGCAGCAGCUGCGCAUGGACGUCAUGAAACGGCAGGAUGUCAUCUACGAGCUGAUGCAGACGGAGCUGCACCACGUGCGGACGCUGAAGAUCAUGGCCGGGCUGUUCCGCAGGGCGAUGCUGGAGGAGCUGCAGCUCGACCCGGGCACCGUCCAGCGAAUCUUCCCCUGCCUGGACGAGCUCAGCCUCCUCCACCAGCGCUUCCUGAGCCAGCUCCUGGAGCGGCGCCGGGAAUCCCUGGAGCGCGACAGCAACAAGAACUUCGUCAUCCACCGCCUGGGGGACAUCCUGGUCAGCCAGUUCUCGGGCCCCAGCGCGGAGCAGCUCCGGAAGGCGUACGCGGAAUUCUGCUCCAAGCACAGCCGGGCCCUCAAGGAGUACAAGGACCUGCUGGCCCGGGACAAACGGUUCCAGCAGUUCAUCAGGAGGGUGACCCGCUCCCCCCUCCUGCGGCGCCACGGGGUCCCCGAGUGCAUCCUGCUGGUGACCCAGCGCAUCACCAAGUACCCCGUGCUCAUCGAGCGCAUCCUCAACAAUUCCAAAGACAACGAGGGGGACUGCGAGGACCUGUCGCGGGCCCUGCGGCUGGUGAAGGAGCUGCUGUCGGGGGUGGACGAGGAGGUUCACGCCUGGGAGCUGCGGGGGCGGCUCUGGGACGUUUACAGGAGGGUGGAUCCCCGGGCCAAGGUGCCCCUGCCCUGGGAGAGCCGGCCCGGGGCCUUCGGCAGGGACGAGCUGCUCCGCAGGAAACUCCUGCACAGCGGCGGGAUGCUCUGGAAAACGGCGGCCGGGAGGUUCAAAGACGUCCUGGUGCUGCUGAUGACGGACGUGCUCGUGUUCCUGCAAGAGAAGGACCAGAAAUACACCUUCCCCAUGCUGGACAAGCCGGCCGUGAUCUCCCUGCAAAACCUGCUGGUGCGGGACAUCGCCAACCAGGAGAAGGGGAUGUUCCUGCUGAGCGCGGCCCCCCCGGAGAUGUACGAGGUGCACGCGGCCUCCCGGGACGACAGGAACCACUGGAUGAAGGUCAUCCAGCAGGCAGUGAGCCUCUGUCCCAGCCGCCAGGAUUUCCCCCUGAUCGAGACGGAGGCCGAGGCGUCCCUGCGGAAGCUCAAAGAGCGCCGGGAGCAGCUGGACCGUCAGGCUGCGGCGCUGCAGGAGGAGAAGGUCGGGAUCUUCGCGGACAUGCUGGCCCUGGGAACCGGCUGCUCCGACCCCAAUCCCGCCCCGAGAGGGACCCCAUUCCCGGGAGACCCCGCCCGGGGACCCCGAGGGGACACCCUCCUGCAGGACGCGAUCCGGGAGGUGGAGAGCCUGAAGGAGAUUUUCAUGGGAUGGGCCCGGGACCGGGAUCGGGAUCGGGAUCCGAACCAGAACAACCCCCCCGAGGGCGAGAGCUGCCCCAGCCCCGGCGCCAGCAACGGAGACUCCGGAAGCUUCAACGGCUCCCUGGAAUUCCGGGCGGAUCCGGAGGCGGGGCAGAGGGACGGAAACGGGAACCAGGUCCCGCCCAGGGGACCCCAGGAGGAGAUCAACCAGCACCUGGUGAACCUGUACCGGCUCCUGCUGCGGCUCCAGGUCGUUCAGAGCCAGCAGGACCUCCAGCUGGAGCUGCAGCUCUCGGAGCAGCGCCCGGAGCAGCGCCCGGAGCCGCGGCCCCGCCGGGGGUCCCAACCGGCCGUGCCCGUCAGCGCCGCGACCACCCCCCCCGAGCCCGGCCCGGGGGUCUGCGGGGCGGGGGGGGCCGAGCUGGCGCUGCUGCAGCGCCAACACGGGCUGGUGCAGGAGGAGCUGGGCCGGUGCCGGGCGCUGUGCCAGGAGCGGGCGCAGGAGGCGGCGGCGCUGGAGGGGCGGCUGCGGGACAGCGAGAGGGAGCGGGCGCGGCUCGAGCGGGAGCUGCAGGAGGCGCGGGGGGGGACGGCGGCGACCCCCCUCCCUCCUCUGCCUUCGCCGGGGGGGCCCCGGGCCAGGAGGGCGGCCGAGCCCCGGCGCAGGAGCCUCCCCGCCGGAGACGCGCUGUACCUCAGCUUCACCCCCCCGCAGCCCCCCGUCGCCGUCUCCUUCCACCCCCCCUCCUUCCCCGGCCCCCGGGAGGAGCUGGAAUUCCGGGGGGCUGAUCCCGAGCGGCUGCGGGAGGGCGAGGACACCCUGGACGCGCUCCUGGAGGACGAGGGGGGCUUGGGGACCCGCCACUCCCCCCCCGCCAGCCCCCGAGAUUUCCUGAGGAUGCAGGAUAUUCCCGAGGAGGCGGAGAACAGCCAGGAGCUGAAGGAGGGCGAUGGGGACAGUUAGGGACCCCCCCCCCCGCGGCCCCCCCUGCACCACCCGACCCCCCCCCCCCCCCCAAUUCCCCCAGGACAUUCCAGGGGCCGGAUCCUGCUGGGGGUGGGGGGUGGGGGGGCGUUGGGAAAAGCGGGAAUGGGGACGCUGCUAUUCCCACGGGAGCCUUAUGGGAAUGGUGGGGGGGUGGUCCGGUUGCCCCCUCCCCUAGUCCAGCCCCAGCGGGGGGGGGGACACAUCUGUGCUCCCCCCCCCUCUUCCCACAGGGAUUUAUUUAUUUAUUUGGAUGUUUUUGGGGUGCGGGGGGGGGAGGAGGGGACCCCCCCCCAACUCCUGGCUCUGUGAUAACAGUGACACCCCCUCCUCUUCCCCCCCCCCCCCCCGCCGGGUUUUGGGGGGCUGCCCGAGGCGGAGGGGGGGGGGGACGGGACAAGGGGGGGCCUCCCCGUGGAUUAACUGU